UCCCAGCCACCCCUCACAUAGCAUCUCUCCCAACCAACUGUGGUCAUGACAAGAAGGGCGAAUCAUCAAGACUCCCAACCUUCUCAUUAUUCGCGUUCCCAUGUGCCUCUCAAUAAAACCGUCUAUGUCCCGAUCGUAGGUCAAACUCUCUUCUGUCUUCCAUUGUCCUGUAGAUCUUUUCUCUAGCUUCGUAAUUCUGUCUUGGUAGACCUGCACCAUCGCAAGCCAACAAGUGAAGCGAGUCUCUUCAGCAUCUCAGAGCUGUCUAAGCAAGAUGCGACCCAACGGCCUCCCCCUCUCCCUGCUCGUGGCUCUCUCGUCCCUUUGUAGCCCGUCAUCAGCUCUGCCUUUCUUCUGGAAAAGAACACCAGCUGCCGAGGCUCUCGCUGCACGCCCUACGUAUUCGGUGGUUCCAAUUGAUGGAAGUGGGGGGCAAGGGAGCGAUGCAGACACGACUCUGACAGUCACCGUUACGUCGGCACCGACAACAAUCAUCGAGUCCUCGCCUCCUGUUACAGAGACAGAGACGGUGACUGUAUCUGGCAAGCCAUCUACGCGUACUAUCUCAAUCAUUGACAUUGAGCCAACUACCGAGGUUAUUACAACUACGUUGAUUCCAACACCAACAACGCCCACAUCUCAUACUUCGUCAACGUCAAUAUCAACUACUUCGACAUCAAGCAGUGCUUCCACAACCUCCGUAUCCCACACCACUACGACAUCAAUGACCACUGCUUCAACAUCCAAUAUUCCGUCAACAAUCUCCACGACAUCCCUGUCCACAUCAUCUCUGCCCUACCCAACUUCGACCAGUUCAACCUUUGUAACAAUGGCCCCGUCUCUUACUACCUCAACACCAGUCUUCACUUGGACCACAAGUAGCUCUUACGAUGACGGCCAAUGGCAUACAUCAUAUCCUGCCUGGAAUGGUACGCUUAUUCCACGAUUUCCAAAGCGCUCAUAGGGGGUGGGACGCAUGGCGAACCCAGCAUCAUAAUCCAAGUUCUUUCUGGCUAAGAACCAAAUAAUACGACAGUAUCCGUGACUGGUCAGAUUGGCUGUAGCCGCUACCUGUCAUUUGGCUUGCUUCAGCGCCUGUCGAACGUAUACACUGUAAUGUUAAUAUGAGACAUGUAGAUACUUUUUAGUUACUGGUAGGACACUUACGCGACCCAAGGGCUGGAACGCGUCAUAGAAGUGUUAAUCACAAGCGAUGAAUUUGACAUGAGUCUAUAUAGUAAUAGAUAAAUGAACUCAAACGAUAAUCAAAGUACAUGAAUCUUGAUCUUGAA